UUUGAGUCCUAUAUAAAGAGAAGCAUCUCUCCCACAACAUAGGAGACACAGCAUUGCAAAAGAAGAGGACAAAGAUGAAGCUCUUGGUGGCCCGAAUCUUGCUUUGCACUGUCUUCCUCUUUCUUGCUCAUCAUGUGGGUCCUGCGACAUCAGAGGAAGUUGAGGACGAGAGCCUGUUCAAUUAUGAUGCGGGGAGCGAGAGAGGUCCGGCACGGUGGGGAGAGAUCAGGAGGGAAUGGGGGACGUGCAGGAACGGAUCGAUGCAGUCUCCGAUCGAUCUCUCGAGCGAGAGGGUUCAAGUGGUGGCCCAUUUGGGAAGACUGAAGAGGUGCUAUGAAGCCUCCAAUGCCACGCUUAAGAACAGGGGACAUGACAUCGUGUUGAGGUGGGAAGGAGGUGCAGGGUCCAUUUAUGUGAACGGAACCCAGUAUUUGCUGAAGCAAUGCCAUUGGCACUCGCCCUCUGAGCAUGCCGUUAAUGGCAGAAGGUUCGAUCUUGAGCUACACAUGGUUCACGAAAGCCCCGAAGGCGAAAUUGCUGUGGUAGGAGUCAUGUACAAGCUGGGCCAACCCGAUACUUUCUUGUCAACGAUGAUGAAACAUAUAGAAGGAAUUGCUGAUAGCCAUGGAGUCGAGAGAGCCAUCGGAAUAGUGAACCCGAAGCACAUAAAGAUUGGAAGCAGAAACUACUACAGAUACGUGGGCUCUCUUACGGUGCCUCCCUGCACUCAAAAUGUUCUCUGGACCAUUGUUCAAAAGGUGAGAACUGUCACAAGAGAGCAAGUGAAGUUAUUGCGUGAAGCUGUUCGCGAUGACUCUGAAUUCAACGCCAGGCCAUUGCAACCCAUAAAUAGGCGCCCGGUGCAGCUGGUUAGUCCAACCGACAGCGAAUUAGAAAGCGAGAAUCCGUGAUUUUGCUGUUAAUGCCCUCGUUAGCGGACGACGCAGAGCUUCUUUCAGUGAUAGUAUAAUGUAAUUGACAGGGUGGAAAAUAGGUGCAGAAGUUGGUUAAAGGCUACUUAAUCAUAUAUUAGAGCAGCCGGAGAUUUUGUUCCCCUCGUGCAUGCUCAUCGGUUUCUCGGUUUAUCAUUACCUGCAGUUACCA